UGGACAUCUCUGUGUAUCCAUUGGAAAAUUUUCGAGAUUCAUAGGACAUCCUGCUUUGAUCGCACGGAAAUGAUUUGUAAUUCUGAUUAAAAGAAAAAAGGCAAUAUCGUCAAACAGAUGAAGAAUAUCAUAUGAAGAUAGCGCGACAGCGGACGUCUUGGUGCAAAUGACGACAUGUCUCAAUGAAAUUCAUGGUGCCUUAAAAAAAACCCACAUUUAUUAUCGACGGGUUUAUCAGGACCAUUUGUUACAUCGAGAAAAGCGGAUUGGAUGUUUUUCGCAAAUUGCUUUGAGCACUCGCCAGAAAUUCACAGAAAUAAUCAAGUAACAGUUCAGUAAAUUGUCAAGUAAACACUCAAAAUUUCAAAAAUGGUUCGACCUUCUAAUCCACGACUCAUGGCUCGCGUGCUAGAUGCAGUAGCAAAUCUCGGUGAUACCAGAGGUUCAUCAGCUCGCGAAGUUCUUAGCUUCAUCCGGAAUAAUAAUAUAUCGUUUAAAAAUCUAACGCUGCAGGUGACAAAAGUACAUCGAGCUUUAAAACAUGGAGUAAAUGCUGGACUUUUACGGCAUAGGAGUGGUCGUUAUAAAGCACUAGCUACUUUGAAUCCUAACGUCUCUGCUCCACCUGCUAAUAAUAAAGAAUUUGCUACUAAUGGUGAAAAAAACGAAGAGAAAAAAUCAAAAUUCGAUAUACGAGCACCGAGUAGUGAUGUGGAAUCCUCUCGUCAAACACAACAGUGCAAGAAAAGAACUACGUCACGGCGACGAAAUAGCAGACAUCGUGAUAGUAAAACAAAAAGAAAAUCUUCGCCGUAUAUUCGACGAUCUAAUGUCGCUCAAAAACGAAAGCGACGACAGCGAAAGCGCACAUACGAGGAGUUCGAAGAUCAGCCAUCCGAACAGAAUGUCUUGUAUGGAAGAGAUGAUUCACCCUUAUCAUUCAAUCGCAGAACAAAACGUUCAAGAGCAUCCAAGCGAAAGUUGGAGUCCGAUUUUUCUGACGAGAGCAAUUGCGAUAACAAUGUCAGCCGAAAGCGCAUUUCCCGAGCAAAUAAAUCACUGUGUCGAGAAACAAGACACAAAGAAAUGUGCGAGAAAUCGAGAGGUAGAUCAGCGUCUCGAGCUCGAAGUCUACAGUUAUUGCAACCAGCGAUGCAAGCCCGACAGCAUCCGACUGAAGAGAGCAGAAAUGAUAGGCAGUAUUGUGACGAGGAUCACGAAUCAUCCACGGAACACAACGUGGCACGUCAAGAAGCACACAAAGACGUCGAGAGAAUUCGCGAGGCAAAUGAUAGCAACAGCGGCAGUACCCUGGAGAACUCGAGAGAUUGAUUAUAUUGUUUUAUUUUUACUGCCACUUAUUAUUUAUUAAUGUAUAAUAUUCUAUUGAUUUUUUGGUGACUAUAUACAUCUGUCCAUUUUGUUUUCUACUUUUCUAUUUUAAAAUAUCUUACUUUGAGAAAUAAAUUCAUGAAUGUUUGAAUCGUAUAAGGACAACUUGAAAUAAAUAUGGAUAUAUAAUGGAAAAUC